AUGCGAACUCGAUCGAGUCGGUCUACAGAGGACUUGGUCGAGCUAGACUUUACAACGGGUAGAAAGAGGGUUCAGAGGUCACAGAGGGUACAAGAGGAACCUGAGGUGCUUGUUGCUGAUACAAUGGAUGUACCAGAGGGGAAUGGAAACCCUUUGGGCAAUGGACUCGGUCGAGCUAGGCAAACUCGACCGAUUGGUCAAGGAGAUGCUCCAAACCGCCACCAACAGAGACAAGGGAUUGUUCCACCACCAGUGCAGAACCACAACUUUGAGAUCAAGCUGGGAAUGAUCAACCUUGUUCAGAACAAGAUGUUCCAUGGAUUGCCAAGUGAAGACCCCAUUGACCACCUUGAUGAGUUUGAUAGGCUUUGUGAUUUGACAAAGAUCAAUGGUGUCUCUGAAGAUGCCAUCAAGCUGAGACUCUUUCCUAUGUCUCUAGCUGACAAAGCUCACCAAUGGGAGAAGAGCUUGCCCCAUGGCACAAUCACCACUUGGGAUGAAUGCAAGAAGGCCUUUCUUGCUAAGUUUUUCUCCACCGGUCGCACAGCCAAGCUUAGAGGAGAGAUAUCCAGCUUCAUCCAGCGAAACAAUGAGACAUUCGCAGAGGCUUGGGAGAGGUAUAGGGAGAUGCUAGACACAGCUAGCAAUGGGAACUUCCUCAACCAGGAUGUGGAUGAUGGCUGGCAACUUGUGGAGAACAUGGCCAUAUCAACAGAAUGCUAUGGAGACAAUUAUGUACAGACUGGAGCUCGACCGCUCACUCGAGGCCCAGAUGAGAAAAGACAUGCUUGCACUCUCUUCGAAGUUGGACAAACUGAUCCUAGCCAAUUCCCUGCCAAGCAUGUCAACUAUGUCUCUGAACAACACAGCUAG